AAGUGAGUUCAUUGGUAUGGUCAUUGUGAACGAACAAAGAGGAAAACAUGUGAUAUCCAGAUGCCCUCUAAUGCAAACAGAGCUGGGCGACUGUACGCUUUCGGCGCUGCGUAUCGGGAGGACGGGCGAUCAUUUGGUCAUUACGUUUUGUCACGGGAAGAGAAGAAAAUGGCGACUGUGCUUAUCUUAAGCAUAAUAUCCUUGUGUCUAGUGAAGUAUUCAGGGGCACAGUCGCUGGUGUUGGUACCAGGCGACAAAAUACAACCUAAGAAGAAAGGCUUUGGGUUGAUCAUAAAGUGUGAUGCCACAGGACUAGGACCCUGGGAAGACCCUCAGCUCACGUGGACAAGUGCUCAGGGCAAUGUUAUCACCUCCACCAACUCUAAUGACCCGGUGUAUGUUCAGAGGAAGGGCCCCCAGAGCCUGAAGCUGCGGAUCCCCUCUGUGCAAGAGGAACAUACCGGCAAAUGGACCUGCACAGGGGUGCUUAACGGGCAGAAACAGACCAUGGCCGUCAUGUUUGAUGUGUGGGAGGAUAUUACGUUUACGGGUAAGCAGUAUCAGCGUCCCACCAUCUACACAGAUGCCCUUAUCGAAUGUCGCGUGGGUGGUAGCCCUCAGCCCGAGGUCUCCUGGUCCCACAACGACAAAACUAUAGACGGAGGUCGAUACAUCCCAGUGCCAAAUGGCCUGGAAAUUCGUAACAUCACCAAAGACGACAACGGAGAAUAUUUAUGUAUCGCUGAAAUUCCCAGUACUGGGCGCUACGAAGAGCAUUCAAUUACAGUGGAAGUUAGAGCUCCAGCCACCUUGACAAGUUCCUCAAAGAUGACCAAGGAUGUCGAGGACAAGGGUCCAACGAUGCACCGCAAGGCCAGCAGUAACCGGCCACCGACCGAGAAAAUGCACAAGGACCAGUCUGCUGACUUUGUCAGGAUGAACAAUGGUGGCAGGUACCAGAUCAUUGCAGUAGAGGGUACAAUGAAGAUCUUGCGGCUAAAAGUAAGCGAUGACGGUACCUACAAGUGUAUGGUGGAUGUUAUGGCUCUUCCCCUCCCACCCAGCACAGUAGAAGUUGUACGUGCUGCCCAAAGGUGGAUAAGGUUGAGAAUAGGUACCCCCGGUAACAGCGGGGGACUACCUGUGACAGGUUAUCGUGUGCAGUACUCCACAACACAGGGUAACAACCAGCUGGCAACCAUUGAGGCGGAAAUUGAUCCUGAGACGACUAGUGAUGAUGGUAGCCGUCCAAUGACAACUGUGGACAUUGAGAAUCUCAACCCAUCCACUCUGUACACAUUCAGCGUUUACGCUCGCACAGACGUCGGCCUUAGUGAGCCCAAGGAAAUCCAGUUCAUGACAAAGGAAAUCUCGGUUCCAGAACCAGUAAACAUUCUAUCAAAAAAUGCCAGCGACUCAUCCUCAGAAUAUAACCUCGUCUGGGAAAAACCAAGGGAUGGAGGAUUACCUAUAAAACAUUACGUCCUUCGUUACCGACUUGUGACCUAUAACAAGUCUAACAACCAAAUCACAGACAUCAACUCUGACUUCAAGGUCGUGAUACAGGAGAAUCCAGAUGCUACGUCCUUCAAACUGACCAACCUCAUUCCUGAUCGCACCUAUCAGAUCGAGAUUGACGCAGUCAACGUGCUUGGCAGGUCAGACACCCGAUAUAUCGUCAUGACAACAAAAUAUGCUCUUCCCCGCCCACCCAGCACAGUAGAAGUUGUACGUGCUGCCCAGAGAUGGAUAAGACUGAGAAUAGGUGUCCCCGAAAACAGCGGGGGACCACUUGUGACAGGUUACCGUGUGCAGUACUCCACCACACAGGGCAACAACCAGCUGGCAACCAUCGAGGCACAACUUGACUCUGAGAGGACUAAGACAACUGUGGACAUUGGAAAUCUCAAACCAUCCACUCUGUACACAUUCAGCGUUUACGCUCGCACAGACGUCGGUUUUAGUGAGCCCAAGGAAAUCCAGUUCAUGACAAAGGAAAUCUGACCAAUUGCUGCUAGAGGUGAUGUUGGAGAAUAAAAGGACACCUUGAUUUGUGAGUGAAAUGGUUGACAAAGACAGUUUGAUCUGUGAGUCAAACGUACAUGAUCACGUUAACGGCAAACAGGCUCACGAAGGAAAACCGACAAGAAUGGCCGAAAUAUGUCAAUUCGGUGACAUAUUUGUUAAACGUAUGAAACUGAAUGGACUGAAAUCUUGAUCCGAGAGACACCGACAGAGCUAAUAAUGUAUGGCUCUUUCGCUGAUGGUUUAGAAGUAUAUUAGGAGCAGAAAUCGUAAGUCUCACCCUAAUUUCAUGAGGAUAUGGGCUUGUGUAGGAUUUGUGUAGGACUUAUCUAGGAUUAACACAGUACUUUCAAAAUAAACACAGUAUACAGUGACGAAAAA